CAAACUCAAAGAAGAAUAGAAGAAAUAAACAUAACAGUAUGCAGGUUGUGAAACUUGUCUCCCAUGUUUCUUUCUUGUUAUUAAUGCUGAUGUUUCAGCCAGCAACAGCGCAAGCACCGGCUGGUCUGGCAAAACCUAAUUGUUCGGACCGCUGUGGAAAUAUUAGCAUUCCAUACCCGUUCGGGAUUGGAAAGGAUUGCUACAUGGAGGAAUCUUUUGACGUUGAAUGCAAUGAAACUUCCAAACCUCCUAGAGCUUUUUUACGCAGCAUCAAAAUGGAGUUGGUGAAUAUUACAUUAGAAGGAGGUGCAGUUGUCAACGGUCCAGUGAUAUCCGUUGAUUCUUCGGGCCGGCAAGAAGGUGUAACUGUGAAUUUGGAAGGAACUCCUUUCCUCUUUUCCUAUACCAAUUAUUUCAUUGCAGUGGGUUGCAAUACUCGUGCCGCUCUGUGGACAAAAAAGGGCACGGACGAACAUGUUGGAUGCGACUCAAUUUGCUCCAACGCUAGUUCCAUUAGUAAUAUUCGGUUUGGAAAUAGUUCAUGCUCUGGUAAGGACUGUUGUCAAGAUAUGUACUUGCCUCCCUCACUUCAGGUUUUCAAUUCAACUGUCGUGUCAAAAGAGGGUAAACAAGGUAGUGACGGGCGUAAACUGGCCUUCCUAGCAGACACGAAUUGGUUUUAUAACAAUAUAAGGACUCCCCAAGAAAUCAACAAAUUGCUAAAUAACAAUAGUACUGUUCCUAUGUCGCUGCCGGUUGUUCUUGCUCAGAAGGUUACGAGGGCAACCCUUACCUUCAAUGCAGAGACUGAGAACCUAAGCGAUGUUUUUUUUGCUCCUAAUACAGUUGUCGGUCUGGUUGGAGUACUGUUCCUGCUCAUUGGUGCUCGGUGGAUAUACAAUUGCUUUCAGUUGAAGAAGAAGUUUUUCAAACGGAAUGGUGGUCUCUUAUUGCAGCAGCAAUUAUCCUCAAGUGAUGGUAGUGUUCAAAAGACAAAGAUAUUUAGUUCAAAUGAGUUGGAAAAGGCGACUGAUUAUUUUAACGAGAGCAGAAUACUUGGUCAUGGCGGCCAAGGCACCGUUUACAAGGGAAUGUUAGCUGCAGGGACUAUCGUUGCAGUUAAGAAGUCUAAGAUAGUGGAUGAAGAUAAACUAGAAGAAUUCAUCAACGAGGUUGUCAUUCUUUCACAAAUCAGUCACAGAAAUGUGGUUAGGCUACUCGGAUGUUGCCUGGAGACUGAUGUUCCUCUGCUAGUCUAUGAAUUCAUUCCCAGUGGAACUCUUUUCCAAUAUCUCCAUGAGCAAAACGAGGACUUUACGUUAUCAUGGGAGUUGCGGUUACGAAUUGCCUCGGAAGCUGCAGGUGCGAUAUCCUAUCUUCACUCGACAGCAUCUAUCCCGAUUUAUCACCGAGACAUUAAGUCCACAAACAUACUCUUAGAUGAGAAAUAUAGAGCAAAAGUUUCAGAUUUCGGAACUUCAAGAUCAGUUUCCAUCGAUCAAACUCAUCUGACCACCAAGGUGCAAGGUACUUUUGGUUACUUAGAUCCAGAGUAUUUUCGAACCAGUCAAUUAACAGAAAAGAGUGAUGUUUAUAGUUUUGGAGUAGUUCUCGUCGAGCUCUUAAGUGGGAAAAAACCUAUUUUCUUAACCCAUUCACUGGAAACCAUGAGCUUAGCCGAACAUUUCAUUAAAUUGAUGGAAGAUAGUAGACUCUUUGAUAUCAUUGAUGCUCAAGUUAAGGGGGAUUGCAGUGAAGAGGAAGCCAUAGUUAUAGCAAAUCUUGCAAAGAGAUGUUUGAAUUUGAAUGGAAGAAACAGACCAACAAUGAGAGAAGUUGCAAUGGAAUUGGAGGGGAUUCUAUUAUCACGUAACGGUAUCAAUAUUCAACAAAUUGGUGAAGUGGAUAAUUCAUCGAGGUCGAUUUCCCGCAGCAGUUUCGAGAGUGGUAUAGAUCUACCAUUAGAUUGCAAACCGUCGACUUCUUCUGAAACAUGGUGAGCGAUUAAGAAAAUAUAUCACAAAUCAUAUGUUUCUUUUUUGUUUUUAAGACUGUUAGGAGUCUUUCUGAUUGAAUAAAAACUUACAAUUGUAUUGUGGUCCUUGUGUUUUAGCACAUGUUCUUAGUCUUUCAUGUUAAGAACUUAAUAAAUUAAAAAUCC